AAAAAAAUAAAGAAAAAAUUAAGCUCCACCAAUUAAUUAGUCAAUAAAUAAAUAAAAGCAGAUAUAUUAUUUAUCAAAAAAAAUAUAAGUAAAGUAAGGUGUGAUUGCAGCAAAAUUAUUGCUAACAUGGAAGAUUAAAAGCAAUUAUGUAAUGAAUCUGAUUCUGAUAACAGAGAAUUAAUUAAAGCUAUGCGUUUCAGCCAACUAGAUGAUGAAGCGGCUGCCAAACUUUAUGAAGAAAGAUUUAGAUAAAUAGAGAGUGAUAUGAUGAAAAAAAUGUAGAAUAAAAAGAAUUAUUAGAAAAAAGGUUUAGGAAAUCCAAGAAGUAGCAGUAGUUUGGGGACAUAUGGAACUCCAUAGCAUUAAGCAAUUUUGCAAUAAGGAUAGUCACCCAGUGCUACCUUUUAGAAUACUUAGCUUUUUAGUGCCAAAAAUCAGACAGUUAGAAGUUAGGUACUUUCUAAAUUUUAGGCCACAGCUCCCUAGCAAGGGUACAUGUAUUAAAGCACAACUUUGAGUGGAGCAAGUAGAUUGCCUACUGAAGAAAAUAAUUCAUAAGAAGCUUAGUAAGGUUUUGUAAAUUUUGUGCCUUAGAAAGGCAAGAUUAAAUCCUAGCGUUCAUGCGAGUUUCUAGUCACAAAUCAAUCACCUGUUCAUAAUAGAUAAAUAGAAGAAAAUAAUGGUGGAUUGUUUUUAAAUUAGGGAUUUAUGAGUCCUCAGCAAGCAAAAAGUUAGGGUUAAAAAUCUAAAAUUGAAAAUGCUUAGAAUAAUUCUGUAGUAGCGGUUUUAUCUAAUUAGAUUAAUUCUUAUUAAAAGCAGAACAAGCCUGCUACCAGCUAGACUUAAUACACUCAGUAAUCACAAAUAAGUUCUUCUUAGCCCCAAAGACCUUUCUUAUCACCUCCUAGCAAGAGAACUCAUUAGACCAACCUUAAAAUUGGUUCUACUGCCAAUACCUCAUAGCCUGGUAUUAGCAGAUUCGAGAUGUCGCCAUCAGGUAGACCAUCUACACAUAUGACAUCUCAGGGAUUCUAUUCGCCUCAAGCUAGUUAUCAUCAUCAUCACUCAGCUCACAUUAAAUUCAAUUAAGGAACUUAAACAACUACAAACAGAAGAAAUCAAAAUGAAGGAGAAGUUAAAAAGUUCAUGGAUAGAAAAAAAGCUGAUAAUAAUAACUUUACUAGCUCUAAUUUUGCAACUAGCAAAUACAACAAUGGUUCCCAGACAACUACAGCUUCAGCAACAAUAGUACCAAGCAGUGAGUAGCUCAAUACAAAUAAUUUACUGUUUUCUAACAUCACAUCAAACAAUGGAGCAAUCAAUUCACCAAAUAGCUAUCUAAUCUAGUCUCAAAACUUAAGAAGCUCUGUAGGAUUCCAAGGAAACAAUUCUUCUCAAAUUCAAUAGAACAAUUUCGGUUAGUAUCAAGUUUAAGCUAAGUUAAAUGGUAGUAACUAGGCCAAGAAAAAAGAAAGUAAUACGAAUACAGCCAAUAACAAUAAAAGAAGCGAAUUAGAAGAGCUCGAUUUAAGAAUUUUAACUAUUGAAAGGGAAAUAGAAAGAGACAACGAGCUCACUCAAGCCUACAAUAAAAAGCAAACAACUCAAACAAGCCCUCCUUCUAUAUUCAAAAAUAAUCAAAAAAUUCAAAACAAGCAAAGCUAGACACCUCAAGCCUAGUAAAUCUCUGACUUACAUGUUCAAUAAAUGGUAAAUUAAGGUUUGGUAGCACCAGCUACAGCUACUCAUAAAGGAUCAACUAAUUUAUAUCAAAAUAAAUACUUUAAUUAAAAUUAAGAUAAUUAAAAUCAAAGAUAUUCGUCAUAAAACUAAACCUACGAAGUUGCAAUUGAAAGCAGCCCGAUAAAUUUAAAAAUUAAUAAUGCAUCAACAAAGAAUUAAAAUAAAACUCAGUAGGAUUUUAAUAAAUUAAAUAUCCCUAAAUCUGAUCAUAUUAUGAACUCUCAUGAAAAUUCCUCUUAUAACAAUACACCAAGAUCAGUUAAUCCCAUUCAUGAUUUCAGACCACUGAACAAGUAUCAAAAAAAAUAAGUUAACUUUAAAAGUGAUAAUCGUAUGGCAACUUCAGAGUCAUUAGAAGAUAAGAUGUUUAAGUUGUCUCCUACAUCAAAUAUUUUCUAAAAGAGUCUACUUGGUCCUUCUCAAAUUUAAGAACUGAAUGGCAACAACAAUAAUAAUAAUGCUAAUCAAAACGAAUUUAAUUUAAAAUCACAAAUAAAUAAUCAGAUUCAAAUGCAAAUCAAUUCAAGCAGCAACAGAAAAAAUUCAUAAAUUCACUCAAAUCCUCCUUCUUAGACUAGGAUUUAAACUCCAUCUCACACUGUUGUCCAAUAUAGCAUCAACAACCAAAAAAAUUAAAAUAACCUCAAAUUUUAGAAGAAACUCAAUUAAACAGUUUAAUAAAAUUAAUAUUCUGAACAUUCUAAUUCUAAUGUGCAGUUUUAGAAUUCACGUUUGGGAACAGAAGAAGGCGAUCCAGAAAUGAGUGAAUUUGAAUAUUUAGAAAAAAUAGUUAAUGCAAAGAACACAGAAGCUUCAUCUGUAACGGAUGACACAAGCAUUAGAAAUGAGGUUUAGUUUUAAGCAUAGAGAGUGUCAAGUUAAGCAAAUGUCAAAAAGAAUGUUACAUAGUAAUCUUAAAAAUAAUAAAGUGCAAUUAUUCUAAAAGGUAAAGAUAAUAACAAAACAUCUCCUAUUAAAAACUAAUACGGAUAGAGAAAUAUGGCUUACUCAAACAGAGAAAGCACUUCCAUCUAAUAAAAUCAGCAGAGUUCGCAUUUCAUAUAUGUAGAAUAAUCCCCUAACACCAUUCCUUUGAACUCAUAAAAAUAAGUUAAGGGAUAAACAUACCUUUCACUAAGAUAAUCAGAUAUCAUCCCUUCAAAUUCUUCCAAUAAUAAAAGUUCUACUUCCAAAUCAUAACAAAAAAGCGACUCAAGCCACAUAACUUCCUUCUAAGGAAAUUCUACCACCCAAAAUAAAAAACUGUCUUUAAAAACUUUAGAAAAUAAUUUCAUAAAUAUCAAUAAAGACAAUACAGACUAGUAAAGUAAAUAUUCAAAUAAUUCUAAUAAUGCUUAAAAUUCGUCAUCUGUGUCUUAAUCUCUGUCUCCAUCUCCAGUUCCUAUGUAUAAUUUAUAUAGUUAAUAGAACUAAGUAGCUUCUAGCUCGACUCAUAAAUCCAACAAUAACAAACACCAAAGUUUCGAAAAGCAAAUGUAGAAGAAGAUGAACCGCAGCUCUGAAGUCCUAAGCAAAAACAGUCUAAACCAAAAUAGUAACUCUAAUAAUGGUAACUUGAAUACGAAUAUCACAAGAACACCCUCAGUUAGCUCUAAUAAUAUAUCGACAAUUUCUAAUAACACAUCUCCAUUAAUAUAAGUGUCCGGUUCUGCCACUUCUCUUAACAAAGGACAGCUCUAAAUGUCAAACAAACAAAAAAAUAGCCCUCCAGUGAUGAUGACUCACACAUUGGAUACCUUCAAAAAUAAGAAAGACUUCAAAAUCAAAAAUCCAGAACAAGUCUCCAAAAUUAUCAAUCUAGACUAAGGCCAGCCCCAAGUAAGAGUUGAGGCUCCCAAGAAAUCCAAUUUCAAAUAGGCUCACUUUGAAGAUGACAAGGAGGAAUAUUAGCUUGAAUAAAUGUCUAAAAACCUUCACAAAAAAUUAAAUUUACUUCUUGAAACAGCAAAUUAAUGUAAUGAAAAUAUAAAAUCAUAUCGAAUCAGUCAUAAUGUUUGA